AUGGCGACUACCAAGGAUGAAAAGCAGCCCAAGUUUGAGGCUCCCGACGCUUCUGACUCGGGGUCUCAAGAGUUCAUCGAGAAUGCUGAUGGCCUGCAACGGCGCCUUAACAAUCGCCAGAUCCAGCUAAUUGCCAUCGGCGGCUCGAUUGGCACGGCUCUCUUCGUCAGCAUCGGAGGUGGACUUUCCACGGCCGGGCCAGGCAGCCUUUUCUUGGCAUACGCUCUGUACUCGAUAGUUCUGGGAUUGGUAAACAACUCUCUCGCAGAGAUGACAACCUUCAUGCCCGUAUCUGGAGGUUUCAUUCGACUCGCAGGCCACUGGGUCGAUGACGCCCUAGGAUUCAUGACUGGCUGGAAUUUUUUCAUCUAUGAAGCGCUGCUGAUUCCCUUCGAAAUCACGGCACUCAAUCUCGUCAUCUCUUUUUGGGACGAGAGCAUCACCAACCCGGGCCCUACUGCUGGCAUUUGCGCUGCGGUCAUCGUUUGCUAUGCUCUACUAAACGUCCUCGCUGUGAAGGCUUACGGUGAAGCAGAGUUUUACCUGUCCGGAGGAAAGGUGAUUCUCAUCAUGAUUCUCUUCUCUUUCACAUUCGUGACCAUGGUUGGCGGAAAUCCCACCCACGACGCCUACGGCUUCCGAUACUGGAACAAUCCUGGAGCCUUCGCCGAGUAUCACACACAAGGCGCCCUCGGUCGUUUUGAAGGUUUCUUGACUGCAUUAUGGAGCGCUUCUUUUGCCGUCGUCGGACCCGAGUAUAUUUCCAUGGUGGCCGCUGAAGCUCAACGACCUCGGAUCUACAUCAAGACCGCUUUCAAGACCAUUUACUUGCGCUUUGGAAUCUUCUUCAUGGGCAGUGCCUUGGCUGUCGGCAUCAUUCUUCCUUACAACGACAGCACAUUGUCCAAGCUCGUCAAUGGCGGAAAGGGCAGCGGCACUGCCGCGGCUUCGCCAUACGUCAUUGCAAUGCAAAACAUGGGAAUAUCCGUGCUACCCCAUAUCGUCAAUGCGCUGAUGAUGACGUCCAUUUUCUCUGCCGGUAACACAUACACCUACUGCGCAACUCGUUCGCUCUAUGGCUUGGCUCUUGAAGGUCGAGCUCCCCGGUUCUUGCGCAAGUGCACGAGCAAGGGUGUACCCAUCAAUGCAUUUUUGGUCGUCAUGUGCUUCCCGUUCCUGUCUUUCCUUCAGGUUGGAAACGGAUCUGCUGUCGUGCUUGACUGGCUGGUGACUCUGAUCACUGCCGGUGGAAUUAUCGACUACCUGGUCAUGUCAUUCACGUAUUUGUGCUUCUACAGAGCAUGCAAGGCCCAGGGCCUUGACCGCAAGACGUUGCCAUACGUCGGCUGGGGCCAGCCUUACUGCGCCAUCAUCGCUUUCGUGAUCCAGCUCAUGGUUGUGGGGGGUUACGGAUACAUGUCUUUCAUACCCUGGGACGUCAAGAGCUUUUUCCGCAAUUACACCAUGCAGAUUCUGGCGCCCGUUCUCUUCAUCUUCUGGAAGGUUGUGAAGCGCACUAAAUUCAUCCGGCCCAGCGAAGUUGAUCUUGUAUGGCAGCGACCAACGAUUGACGCUUAUGAAGCAAACCUUAUCGAGCCUCCCACUAAAUUCUGGACUGAGAUGCUGCAAAUGUUCCGCAUCAAGCGCAAGGAGAGCCCAGUCACAGUUCACGUGUAA